ACACUCUAGCCACUUGAAAAGUGCAUCAGUUCAUUUAACGUUAUCAGAUAUUUACAUUUUCAUUGCUAAUGAGCAGAUUAAGUGCAUUUACAAUUUAAUAAACAAAUACGUAAUACAUUUUUAAAAUGGUCCUCAAGUUUGCGGCAAAUUUAAAUUUCUUAUUCACGGAAGCCUCCAGCAUAGCAGAGAGGAUACAUCUUGCUUAUCGUGCCGGUUUUCGUGCAGUAGAAAUACCAUUUCCCCGUUCGGAAGAGGAACAAGUGGCUGCGGCCAAAAAAGAGACCGGCAUAGAAGUUGCCCUAAUGAAUGUGGCCCUAGGCACGGGAGAAAUGUCGUUAGGAUCUUCUAGCAUACCAGGGGCAGAAAAUGAGUUUAAGACUCAUCUUAAAGAAACCGUAGCUUUGGCCAAGAAACUGCAGUGCAAAAAAAUACAUCUUAUGGCGGGACUGGUGAAAAACUGUCCCGUAGAAGAUCAUUUAAAGACUUAUCAAAUGAAUUUAAAAUAUGCUGCUGGUAUACUGGAGCAGGAGAAUAUUGUGGGUCUUAUUGAACCCAUAAAUAAGUAUUCUGUACCCUCUUAUUUUAUGAAUUCCUAUGAAGUGGCUCGCAAUGUUUUGGAAAAUGUAAAUAGUAAAAAUUUACGCCUAAUGUUGGACGUUUUUCACUUACAAUUGAUUCGAGGUAAUGUGACACAUGCCUUUGAAGAUUUCGCUCAACUUAUAGGUCACAUACAAAUUGCUCAAGUUCCCCAACGCCAUGAACCUGAUGAUGUAGGAGAAUUGAAUUAUGAAUAUGUUUUCUCAUUGAUUGAGAAAUUAAAGUAUAAUGAUUGGAUCGGUUGUGAAUAUAAGCCAAAGACAAAUACCAUAGAGGGUCUGAAAUGGUUAAACAAAUAUGGUGUGGAAUUUUAAGUGAUUUUUUUAAUUUGUUAAUAUAAAUUGCCGUUAUUGUAAAUAAAAUGUAAAUAUGACUGUUGGACAAAAUUGAAA